CCUCACCCUCACCCUCACCACCGUCCAAGAUGUCGCGAUACAUGUGCAGCAGAUGUCUGCGGGGACUCGAGUAUCAGAUAUCGAGCCCUCCAUCCCGACGAAUACUCCAUGUGCCCGCCAGACGAGCCUUCACCGCAGCUCAACAACCCUUACGACGACGCAACCUCCAUUCGUCCACGGCGCAGAGAACGGCAAUACCGACAGAGUCACAGCGGAGCUCACGAAAUGUACCCCCACCACCAUCACGCCCAGACUCCGGCCCGAACGCAGACCAGAAGAUGCUCUUGCGGCCGAAUAACCUAUUCCACUCCUACACCAACUCUCCAUCGCCUGCGAUUCGCAAGCGAGCGGCUUUCAUGAAACAGAAUGCCUACUGUUCACAUCCUGACCAUCAGUCCACGAGAAUUGCAACUUCGCCUCAUGACCCGGAGGCGCGAAAGACGGGGUCCAUGCCUCCAGCACACGUCCGCUAUGAGUGUCCGGAUUGUGGCAUACCUGUGUCUUGCAGUGAGGAACACUUUGCUAGCGACUACGAGAGCCAUCUGGAGAUAUGCGAUGUGCUGCGGGAGAUUAAUGAGGAUGACCACGACCUGGUCAGUGGUCGAUUCUUCCCCGAGUUCGAAUACCCGGGGCCGCAGCUGGAGGAAGCACAGGUGAAUAUGAUGAAUUGGGAUACGCUAUUGUACACCAGAGAGUUUGUGGCCAUUGACAACGAGCGGCCUCUGCGCCAGGUGACGCGGCUGUUAACAUAUCCCAUCACGAUUGGGAGUGUCCUACACGAGCUCAGUCCAUACAGUCUGUCAAAUCGGCUCGAGCCCGAGGGAUUAAGAUCGCUGGCUGCUCUGCGUUAUACACUGCAUCCACCGCGGUCUGGAGGUGGUAUCGACGUCAAGGGUCUGCGAACACAGGCACCGCCUGUCCGACUCUUCAUUCUCGGAGCCCGUGCAGAGUCAUCGCUGCCCCGACAAGUCUGGCUGCAACUCUCUUACCUCUUCCCGCGAGCAACUUUCCAUCUCAUCUUCAUUGGACCGGAAGCAAUGGCGAAUCGGGACGACGAAUUCCCACUACCGGAACGGACGCCUCAAAACCCAUAUGGAGCCAUUGUCGAGGACCGGCUGGGAGGUCAGGUGAAGAUUAGCACAUAUGUCGAAUACUUCCACACUCUACAUCAGGCGCAGCACUUCUACCCCUAUGAUCCCUACUUCGAUGCAUUUGUUUGCUUCCACCCUGGUUUUGGCCACCCAGCUUCGUCACACGAGUGGGCCGAGACAUUACCGCAACUGCUGGAGACUAAAGUACCCAUCAUCUGCACCGGCUACACAGAGUACGAUAUGAAGCGCGAUAUCAGCUGGGUGACAGAGCAGGCCAAGGGCGAAAUGGACCUGCUACUGCAGCCAGGGGAGAACCGCUUCCGAAGUCUUCGUUGGGAUCUGAAUGAUCUGGAUCCUAAUGAUGUAAGCUGUGGUAAUUGGGGUCUCUGGGCGUUCCGAGGCAAGCGGUACGAAACAGACGAGUAUCGCGGGAAACAGAAUAGUGAAGGACAGAGCGUCAAAGAAGGCGAAACAAUUGCUGUGUAAGAAUGCAUUACACUGUACAGAGACCUGAUAACUGCCGACUUCCCAGCUGGCUUUCGGCCUGUUCACAUGUGUGGGGUAUGUCGCGCUGCCCGCUUAAAUGCAGCUACACCAUGCUGCAGACCACCCGCCUAGCAGCCUUGGCCCGAGCAUACCGGCAUUGUGUUAUUCUUUGAUGAAUGUAUCACAUCACGUUCUCAAUCGAAGUCUGGCGUCGUAAGAACUUCUCGAUGAGCAUCAGCGUACAUCUUAUUCUCAAGUGACAGUUCGGCCUAUGAGCGAAUCACGACCAUGUGGCCGACUUUCCCCGCAGCCGUCCUCACCCAUCCAUACCUCACCUUCGCCAUCCUGAUUCCCCUGCUCACACUUGGCAUCAUCCUCGUAAAAGAUUUCACCGUCUACCUGCACCUCCCACCCGGCCCAACGCCCAUCCCCUUCUAUGGCAACACACACCAAAUUCCCAAAACACAACCCUGGCUCCAAUUCCAAAAAUGGUCUCAAAUUUACGGCCCCAUCUUCACCCUCUGGAUUGGUCGAAAACCAACUCUCGUCAUCAGCGACCCACAAAUCGCCGUUGAUUUACUCGAGAAGCGAAGUAGCAAAUACUCGUCUCGGCCUCGAAUGGUCCUUCUAGGUGAGAUCUUCAACAACAAUGCCUCAAUUCUCACGCAACCGUAUGGGAAAAGCUGGAGCAUUAGGAGAAAGUUGUUGCAUCAGGCGCUCAAUCCUCGAGCAUUGAAGGGAUACAUGAAGACGCAGGAGGCGGAGGCGAGUAGGAUGUGUUGGUCCUUGCUGCAGAAGGGAGGUGAAGGGUGGGAGAAGGAGUUGGAGAGGUUUACGAGUAGUGUAGUGUUUUGCGUUGCGUAUGGACGGAGAAUCGAUGACUUGAACGCCAAGGUCAUCCGGGAGAGGUUUAAGUUUAUGGGAUAUGCGGCGAGUCUGAAUGUGCCUGGAAAGUAUUUGACAGAGUCAUUUCCGAUUCUGGCCAAGUUGCCGUUUCAGCGGUGGAAGCGUGCGGUGGAAGCCAUGGGCACUGAGCAAGGCAUGGCGAAUUUGAGGCUGAUGAAUGUAGUGAGGCGGGAUCUCGAGGAGAAGGAGAAGGAGAAGAAGGAGGGUGGUGGUGAGAAAUAUGUGCCUGAAAGUCUAUGUCGACUUGUAUUGGAAACCAAGAAAGAAGAAGGCAUCCCUCUGAGUGAUCUCCAACUAUCCUACGUCCCAGCCAGCCUCUUCGGCGCCGGCAGCGACACCACAGCGUCCACACUCUGUUCCGCCCUCCUCGCCCUCAUCACCCAUCCCUCCGUCCUCCAACGCGCCCAAACCGAACUCGACACCG